ACUGGCAACUAAAACUCUCGAGCGACCAAUCAUGAGGCUCUUCCUGGUAACAAUGCUGGUGGUGGCCAGCAGUGUAGCUGUUCCCGUUGACAAGGAUUCAGGAAAAUUGGAGAGCGCUUCAGAGGCAAAGAGACAUGAGAAAAGAGAUAUAGAUUGCUCGAAUGGAUACGGUAUACACGUAUAUUGUCCACCGGAUUACGAAGCUACACUCAAAUCGUCACCCGUCUUAGUUCAACAGCCAGUCGUGCAUGUGCCUGUGCCCGUUCCGCAGCUGGUGCCACAUCCGGUCCCAGUACCCAUAGCAGUACCGAUCACUAAACACGUACCAGUUCCCCUACCGAUUCAUGUCGAACGCACCGUACAGGUGCCAGUGCCUAAACCGUAUCCCGUCACCGUGGAGAAGAUCGUCCAUGUGGACCGGCCAGUCCCGGUGACAGUCGAGAAACGUCUGCACAUCCCAGUCGAUCGACCGGUACCGGUACCGGUACCGGUACCGCAACCGGUUCCCGUCUCCAUUGAGAGGAUCGUGCACGUAGACCGACCGUAUCCGGUGCCGGUGGCAGUGCCAAAACCGUACGCAGUACCGGUUUCCAUAUACAAGCACAAUUUGUAUCGGGAUAAGGAAGAUGUCGUAGAUCGAGAAGAAGAUGAUACUGUUGAGUACAGUUUGCGACAAUUGUGGUACUUCAAUCAGGAGAAAAGCAUUAUGUCAGAUAAUGUAGAAAUUUAUGCGUUUCAUCCUCUCAUGCUAGCGAUAACCUUGAUCAUUCAAAGAGACAGGCCAUCUACGAUAGGAGUAAUUAGCAAAGCGUUUGACAGUAUUUUCAAGAAACCUGAGUCAAUAUUUAUCAAAACCACUGUAAAAGAUUUGUUCUUUGACGGUAUACUAUUUGAUUGCACGGAUAUAACAGAUUUCGCUGGAUCCGCAGUGUGCUCCGCUUUACAGGAAAGGGAAGAGAUAUUAAUCCGAGAGGAAGGUUUACGUUUCAGAUUUGGUUAUCUUGCUAAGACAAACGGGAGUCGUUCGCCGGAACGCAUAAGAGUAUACCGUGGAAUUAAAAAUUACAAAGACAUAGGUCGUGUGCUGACGAUAGGAAAUAGUACGAAGUUGAAGAUGUGGUUUGGCAAUCCUUGCAACGAUAUUCGCGGCACAGACGGAACCAUCUUCCCACCAUUCCUCAGCAAGGAAAAAGAAGUCUGGGUAUACUCCCAAGACAUUUGUCGAAGUAUUGGCGCAUAUUAUCUCGAACCAGGAAAAGUUCAAGGUUUCAAGACACUACACUACACGGCGGACCUGGGCGAUCCGUCUGAGGACGAAGAUGUGAGGUGCCUUUGUCAAGAGUCCGAAGGGUGCAUGCCUAAAAACAUAUUCAACGCAGAUCCUUGCAAAAACGUGCCUUUUAGGAUAAGUCUACCUCAUUUUUAUAAUUCUGACCCACGAUACCUCGAGAUGAUUGAGGGUGUAAAUCCCAUCCCUGAAAAGCACCGGAUGACUUUUAAUUUUGAUCCGAUGACAGGCACUCCAAUGAAAGCGUAUAAAAAGAUUCAAUUCAACGUGAUAGUAGGACCCAUCCCUAAACUUCGAUUGAUGAAGUCCUUUCCGGAAGCGCUUUUUCCGCUAUUUUGGGUGGAGGAUGGCCUCGAACUCGGGAAUAUUCUCAUAAAACCGCUGAAAGUUGCCUACUUACAAAUUUUAAUUGCAAAGUAA